AAAUACAGUGGAUCAACUUACCGAAAUGGGGAGCCGAAGUCUUGGACGAAUGUUGAGCUCUUGAGAUAAACGACGCCGUUUAGAGUCUUCCGGUCCCUAACUGCCUGCCUGCCUGCCUGCCUUUGGUCUUAAAGCCGUCACAUUCACUCAUACAAAUACAGCAGUCCUUGUCUCUUCGUUACAGGGGAAGCUAUUGUUGCUGAAGGACCUGCAACAAUGGAGGCGGCGCCAUUUCCUGCUGCGUCGUCAAACUUAUCGCUCAAACGAAUGCAAUCUCCCUCGUUUUACUCAUCAUCGUCGUCUCUCUUAUCUCUGGGCAAAAACCCUCGAGGAAAUUACCUUAAAUUCAAGUCACGAAGAAACCUCUCUGUCCGUUCCUCUUCUGCUUCUGAUUCCGUUGUGACUUUGCUUGAUUACGGAGCUGGAAAUGUUCGUAGCUUGAGAAACGCGGUUCGACAUCUCGGCUUCAACAUCAAAGACGUCCAAAGACCAGAAGACAUACUGAAUGCUGAUCGCCUUAUUUUUCCUGGUGUUGGGGCUUUUGCUCCUGCGAUGGAUGUGCUUAACAAGACUGGGAUGGCAGAAGCACUAUGUACCUAUAUUGAAAAUGAUCGUCCUUUUUUAGGCAUAUGCCUUGGGCUGCAACUACUUUUUGAGUACAGUGAGGAGAAUGGACCAGUGGAUGGGCUUGGCUUAAUACCGGGUAUAGUUGGGCGUUUCGACUCAUUAAAUGGUUUUAGAGUACCCCAUAUUGGCUGGAAUGCAUUGCAAAUCGUAAAAGAAUCUGAAAUAUUGGAUGAUGUUGGAGAUCGCCAUGUCUAUUUUGUUCAUUCAUAUCGUGCCAUGCCUUCAAAUGAAAACAAAGAUUGGGUCGCAUCUACCUGCACUUAUGGUGAUGAAUUUAUAGCUUCUAUUAGAAGGGGAAAUGUGCACGCAGUCCAGUUCCAUCCAGAAAAAAGCGGAGAUGUUGGUCUUUCUGUGUUGAGAAGGUUCUUGUAUAAAAACUCACAUGUAACAAAGACAGAAGCCAACGGUGAGGAAGGCUUCAAAACUUGCUAAGCGGGUCAUCGCUUGUCUUGAUGUGAGGCAAAUGACAAAGGGGAUCUUGUUGUUACUAAAGGUGAUCAAUAUGAUGUGAGAGAGCAUACAAA